UUUACGCUAACCCUCUUUGUUAAUUCAUAUAUCUGAUAAGAGAGAGGACCUUGGUUGCAAAAUUGAAUCAAUAUAAAUUCUAAAAACAGAUUAAAUAGUGCGCAUUUAAUAAAUGUCUACUAUGCAGUUAAUUUAUUGGAUUUCAUUACGUUAGUGUACCGACAACAGUAGCAAUAAAGCAAUGAGUGCCAUCAAUUUAAGGCACGAGAUAAUAGUUAACAAACCCAACAUCACGAGUAAAGAUGUCUGUCCAAUUUUAAGUAAACUUAAAGAACUAACAUCAGCUACUGAUGGAACUGACAACUGUUUUCCAGGACUAGUAUUAUCAAUAAUCGGAGACUCGGAGAGUUAUGUUCCAAAACCAUGGAAUACAAUAGCUUUUACAUCUGGACUUUUGCAAUUAAUACAAGGAGUCAAAGAGAGUUGGGUUAUUUUCCGAGGAAGCAAUAGCGGUAUUAGCAAACUGAUAUAUGAUGCAUUCAAAGAAAAGUCAUUAUCAACGAAACAAGGAGAUGAGAUUAACAAAAACACAAUGAUCGCAAUACAACCAACAAAAACACGUCAACAGACAUGCGUGCAAAAUUUCCCAGAAUUAGAUUGGUGUUUCAUUCUGAAAUCGAAUUUCCAAGAUUAUCGCAAAAGAACAUACAGAUGGUUCAACAAAUAUUUGUGCCAAUUUAUGGAAAAACUUUCAGAAGAGUAUACCCCAUUAUUGUCAAAAGCAAAAGAUACAGUUUUGAUAAAAAUGAGAGUUCCCGUUUUGAUGAUUGCUGUUGAAGGUGAUAAAACUACUAUUCAUCAGAUCAAAUUAGCUGUUGAGCGAAACAUUCCAGUUUUGUUGAUAAAAGGUUCUGGAAAGGCAGUAGAUUUUAUAAUUGAAUACUUAGAUGAGUCAAGACCUAUUGAUAAGGAAAAAAUACUGAAAAUAAACGCGCCACUGCUAUUAGGUUUAUAUAUGCGUUCAGACGAGUACAUGAAAUUGCAAAGAAGAAUGACGACAAUACAGGAGUACAGUCACCUAAUAACAAUUUUUGACUUAAACAAUACAAAAAAUGAGCAAAUGGAAGAUUUUGUAGUAAAAGCAAUUAUCAGAGUAUGGUCAUUGAAGGAAAUACAAAAAUCAACAGAGAAUUCAAAUGGAAAAAUGAAGAAUAAGACAGUCACAAUGAAUAACGUAAAGACUGAGGGAACCAAUGGUACCUUUAUGGAACAUAUCCAUGUGACGCCUGGCUCACUGUCACUUUACUUCUACAUAGCAUACCAAUAUAUACAAGAAAGUGGGGAAAUAAAAAGCAAGGAUGAGGAAUUUAGAUUAUUCUUGUUGGAGGCAAUCAUUGCCAAUAGAGUAGACUAUGUAUCCACACUUAUUCAACGUGGAGUAAUGUUUGAUUGGAAUGGUAUAAGCCGACUGUUUGCUGAGACUUUAAAAUGUGAAGGAUGUGAUGCAAAAGACUGCAAAAGGAUUCAUGCCAUACAUUUUGGAGUGUCUAAAAAAUGUUGUAAAGGAAUAUGGUGCACCUGUAUUAAGAAAAAGGACGACAAGAAACAGACAUGCACAUAUACAUGUAACGGAACAAAGAUUGAUACAAAUUCGUGUAGUUGCAGUAGUCGAGAUGUGAAUGAUAUACUACAUAACGUGCGUAACAUAUGUCAAAAACUUCUUCAUUACCCGAAAGAUAUUUCUGAACAGGCAAAGAUAGGAUGUUCAGUUGUACCCUCAUGUUGUAGUGUCAGUAAAGAGACGACAACUGGCACAUAUCACGAUCUGUUAGCUUGGGCGAUAUUUGCAAACAAGGAGAACUUAGCUUCAAUUUUUUGGUCAAAGUGUGAAAACCCACUGCUAACAGCAAUAAUGUCAAGCAGCAUAUUGAACACAAUGGCAGAAAAGGUUAAUGCUGCAAAAGAUCUAAAACUCAAUAAUGAUCUACUGAAACACUCAAGACUUUUUGAACAACGAGCGCUUUUCCUGAUGGACUCAUUGUAUGAAGAGAAUGAAAUGGACUGUAUGAGUUUGGUGAAUACAGAAGACAAAGUUUGGGGAAUUCGUGUUGCUCCAGUAGAAUGUGCCUUUGAUAAUGGGAUGAUUGAUGUGGUUGGACAUCCAUGUGUACAGAGAUUAUUAAAUAGAGUGUGGUAUAAUGAUGCAGUAGCAAAUUGGCUUGAUUGGUUGAAGAAUUUGGUUCGUCGUUCCAGUGCAUUUGCAGCAUGGAGUUCACCAGCUAUGAUAUUUUUAAUCCAUUAUGUAAGAUGUUGUGAAUGA